CAGCAUAUAUGAACGCUACACAUAUUUGCGAGUAAUUGUGCUCCUUCUGAUUUUACUGUUUGAACAUAGGAAAAAAUAUGCAAUAUUUCUGAUACGUAUGUGUGUGUAAAUGUGUAUCUGUACUCUGUGUGUAGUCUUAAACGUCAUAUACUUGAGUUUGAAGUUUACCAAAGUUUGAUGAAGCGAUUUAGUAUUUCUUCUGCAGCCAUAUUUACAUGUCUGCCUUUUGUUUGGAAGCCUUUAUCACAUUCUACUUGAUUGCUCUACGGAUGUAUUUCAUAAAUUUAACGAAAGGAUCAGUGUGUAAAUUACGGUUCAUUUACGUUCAUGCUUGAUUGUGUAUUUAAUGCUAUGUGUAUAUGACUUUUCUAGUUUUUGUGUCAUCCAAGAGUCGUGGUAACGUUAAGUUGUGAAAAAUGUUAGCCUGAUUUAACAAGCGAUUGUGCUGUUGCAAGAUUUUUUGAGCGUUGGAGUAUCAUUCUUUAAACUUAUAAUAAUAAGUACUCCAUUUUCUACUAGUAUAUGCUACGGAUAUGAAAUUUGGGGAAGUGAAUGUGACAAGCUUCUGAAGUGUUAAAUUUGAAAAUGGUUUCCUUCGCUGCUUUUUGAAGUAUUUGUCAAUUAGCAGCCUGUGUAGAAUGUAAGUCUUAUGCUGAAUAUUUCUGAGGAUUGCCAGAGAGCAUAAAUAUGUUUAUGGGUUUUGAAAUGUCUCUCUGCCGCAAGAAGCCUCUAAAAGGUCAUGCAUAGAAAAGAGAUGCGAGAGGAAAGGUUGCAGGAUGAAGGCAGCGAUGAUGAGGAGGGAAAUUCUGCUGUAACGAAGUGGCUUAUUGAUGCCAUAAGAAAAGUGAAGUUUCAAAAGCAGCGGCCAUGCCUGGAUCGUAUAUACAGUGUGGUCCGCCAGAGGCACAAAGUUGAUCACCAGACAGUUUUUGAACACUUAGAGAAGGCUGUCGCUAAGGGUUUAAUCCUUAAGGUUUAUACUAAAGGCUUGUAUUCGUACAAAGAUCCAAGGACGAUGUGCAAUCUAAAAAGUCGCACAUUGCGGAUUCACUGUGGGACGGAUAUGACUAAAGUAAUUGUGAAGGCUAUCAAGGAAUUGGCGGAAAAUGGUGGAUCAACACUGCGUUCUAUUGAAAAAUAUGUACGGCAAACAUUCACAAUAAGUGUAGAUCCUGGUACAGAUUUAGCACAGCAGCUUCUGCAAUCUGCCAAGCGAGCUGCCUCUAAUGGCCUGAUAAUUCAAGAUGGACGAAAUUAUAAAUUAAGACGAAUGCCUUUUCGUAGGGCAUCAACUGAUUCGGCAGCAUCUUCAAAUGUGUCCCGAGGUAAUCAAGUCUCCAACAGUAGUAAGAAAAUUCAUCAAGGGUCUAUGAGUUGCACUUACUGCAAAGAAAGUUCAAUGACAAAAAAUGGAAGGUAUGAAGGCAUGCUGAUAUGCUGUGUUUGUGGAGUACCUGGGCAUCCGUCAUGCUGCGGUCUGUUGCCUGAAGCCAUGAAACAGGUUAAAGAAGCCAAGUGGGAAUGUAGUCGUUGUAAGAUAUGUGUUGUCUGUGGCGUGAAAACUGAAAAUAAGCGAAUGUUAUGCUGCAAUUUAUGUGAUAAAGGAUACCAUGCCACAUGUGUCCCCCCUGUCUUUCCAAGGCCAGCAAGAGGCAAAUGGAAAUGUGAUAUGUGCAAAAAGAAAACGAUGGUCAAAGAGACGAAUCAUAUUAAUAGGAUGGCUGCGAAUGUGAAAGAAAGAUAUAAGAAACGCAAUUUAAAACUAAAUGUAGGGAGAAAGCUGAAGAAGCAAUCAUAUUCUGUCAUGAAAAACUCAAAGCAUUCCAAGAAAUUAUCAAGAAGGUCAAGUGAUUCUUCCAGUGAUGAUAAUACUGUAGUUGAACAAAAAUCUACUCUUCCUCCUGGUGUCACGGAUAGUGAUGUGAACUUGUUCAAAAACGUACAAGAUACAGCAUUACAAUCGUUGGCGCAAGGGUUGACGGCUGUUGACUCUGGCAGGAAGGUCCAGGAAGUGCUGCCUAGAAGCUCAGAUGAAGUCGCAAAGUCACAAGUACAGCACAAGACAGCAUCGAAGGCAAUGGGACAUGGUUCAAUUCCACCUGAACCUCAGGGCAGAAGUCCUGGAGCCAUUGAAUUUGGCAAAUAUGGCAUUGAGACUUGGUAUUCUUCCCCAUAUCCUCAAGAGUAUGCAAGGCUACCAAAAUUGUUCUUGUGCGAAUUCUGAAAAUACAUGAAGAGCAAGAAUAUUUUAUUAAGGCACAUGCGCAAGUGCAACUGGACGCAUCCACCAGGUACAGAAAUAUACCGGAAAGAUGACUUAUCGGUCUUUGAGGUCGAUGGUAAUGUCAACAAACUAUAUUGCCAGAAUGUUUGUCUUCUUGCAAAGUUAUUUUUAGAUCACAAGACUUUGUAUUAUGAUGUUGAGCCAUUCCUUUUUUAUGUUUUGACCAAGAAUGAUGAAACUGGUUGUCACUUUGUGGGAUAUUUCUCUAAGGAAAAGCUGUGCCAACAGAGAUACAAUGUUUCCUGUAUUAUGACAAUGCCACAAUAUCAGCGUCAGGGUUAUGGAAGAUUCCUCAUUGAUUUUAGUUACCUACUGUCUCGGAAAGAAGGCUUGCCAGGCACUCCUGAGAAGCCUCUGUCUGAUUUAGGUAGAAUCAGUUAUGUCUCUUAUUGGAAAAGUGUAUUAUUAGAAUACAUUCAUACCUGGUAUAAAAGGGAGACUAAUCAUCAAAUCCAUAUCAAAAAUAUUGCUCAGGAAACUGGUAUCAGUGCACUGGACAUAAUCAGUACUAUGAAAGAACUUAACAUGAUCCAGGUGAAUUCUGAAAAUAAGUUAAUUAUAUCAUUAAGUAAGAAAAUAUUAGACGAACAUAUGGCCAAAGUGUCAGCAAAUCCAUAUAAACGAAUUGAGCUAGAUCCAGAAUGCCUACGUUGGAUACCUUUAGUGACGAAUCAGUUGUGCUCUGAUAAGAGUGAAGAUGAUUCAGAGAGUUCUGGUAGUGAGACCCCAUCUGUCAUGCCAAAUGUAGAGAGGAUUUCGAGUCCACCUUUGACAAAGCCUGACAACAAUUCUGAGAAGGAAAACACUUUCCAAAAUUAUGUUUCUCAGUCAAAGAAAUGUCCAAAGUACAAGAGAAAAUGUGAAACUGCUGUGGAAAAAAUGGAUCCUGCCAUCAAUACCCAAAACGAUUACGUGCAUAAGCGUCGGUGUUCACUUUCUGUGAAUAAAAAUUUGGAUUCUCCGAAGAAAGAGUCAUCUCUUUCAGAUGAAAUAGUAUCUGGAAAGUCUGUGAAGAAACACAAAUCUAAAAAGUCAAAAAACAUAUUUGAAACAAAAGUUUUCAAAAAUAAGAAAAGAAAGUACGAGAAUAAUCUUCUCAAGAAAGUAAAUAAAAUGAAAAUGAAGCGAUUAGGUCGUAAGAAGAAGCUGUCCAAAGAGGUGAAAAGGCUUGCUAAAAUACUUAACGCUAACCCCAGUUUAAUAGCUUCAGCUUCAAAUAGGAAACUUUUAAAAUUAAAGAAGAAGAACAAAGUAUUAAAAAAUCUGAAACCAGCAAAGUAUGGAAUGAGGCUCAGACAUCAGAAAAUAGCAUCACGAAAAGCUAAUAUUGUAGAAAAAGACACUGUUACAAAUCCUAUGGAUUCAACCAGUUAUUCUGAUGAUAAAGUUCAAAACAAAGAAAUCUCUGUUGUUCCUUCUGUAACCGCUGAAAAUGACAUUAAUAUAACUCCACCAUGUUUGCUGCCAGCCACCAAUUCUGAAAAUUCCCUUGACCAAUGUGCCACAACUUUGGGAGACCCACCACCACUUCAGGCUCAUAAUUUAGACAGUAAAAACGAUCUGGAUUCAAGUAACUGGCGUUCUCUACCAAGGAGAGCUAAAAGGUUUGCACCUUCAUCACCCGUCAAGAAGCCGCCUAAAAAGAGGGGUCGACCAAAGGCUACAGAAUCAGCUACUCCUCCAAGUUUACUUAGUAGUCCUGAUAAAGUGUCUGAUAGUGUUACUGAAGAAAAAGUAGUUUGCAACACAGAGUUACACAUUAGACAAGAAAAUGCAAACUCUGAAGGCACAAUUGAAGCAAAAUCCUUGAAACGGUGCGAGAUUCAGAUAGCUGAUGAUGUGGAUGAAUCUGCUUUUGUAUGCAAUAGGCAGUCAACUUCUGUCGAUACUGCUGCAGUAGAUAAGGGCAUGGAAUAUAAAUCUGAAGAAUCUACUGAAAUAAAUGUAAAUGAAAGCAAAGAAAAUAUAAAUCUUCAAGAAGACUGUGCAGAGAAUGAAAAUUUAAAACAUGAAUGUGUAUCUAAAUUUCAGGAAUGCAUAACUGAAUCCAAAGAUGAUAAGCAUUCACCUGCAAAAAACUGUGAUGAAGAACCAACAGAAAUGCAAAUUGGCACAAAUGAAACCAUCUCUGAAGUGGAAGAGGUUAAGCAGAGUCCAUGUUCUGCAAGUCCUGACAAUAUAAACACUUCAGAGCAAGAACCUGUUUGUGCUGGGAACAGAUUAGACACUGAAUGUGAAUGUGAACACAGUUCAGAUAAUAAUGAAGUAUUUCAAACAAACAGUGAUCCUGGAAGUUCUGACAUGAAAAACAGUGAAAAUCCGACAUCAGAACAUCUGUAUUCAAUUGUCGAUACUGCUGAUUGUAAUAAUGAUGUUAAAUUAUUAGUUUCUUCAUUAUGUGAGCAUGUUGAUCAUGAUAAUUCACAUAGCCUUGUAUCAAUUUCACAAUCUCUUACUCUUCCAAAUUCCACAUCUCCUAAAAAUACUGAUGCAUCAGAUCCAGAUUCCAUGGUGGCUGAUGAACCUUCACAGAACACUGAGGAUAUUCAAAGAGGAAACGCCGAUGAAAAUGUUGGGAAUUCGGUAAAUGAAGGUUUUAAUGAUUACAAUUCAUGUUCUAGUUAUCAUUCUAGAGAGGAAGAUAAUGCAUCUGCUAUUCAGAUGCCUCUCACGCCUCAGACACCUGCUUCUAACCAUUCUCACAAUCAAACUCUUCCUUCUGAGAUAUCUGGUGAUGAAUGCCGAAAUUCUAGUGAAGGUGAAUUUCCCAACAAUGAAGGUGUUCUUUCACCAUCAUCUGUGAGCAAAUCAGAGUUAUGCCAUAUAAAAGGUAAUGAAAGUGUGUAUGAACAUUAUCAAACUGAAGAUGAUAUGAAUGCAGAAUUUGAAACACAGUCUCCUGCAGAUGAUCAGGGAACAGAGAGCAGUCAUUGUUACACUCGUCCAGCAUCUGCAUCAUCAACAUCUGGGUUGCUGAGAAAAGACACACCAACUCCUGAUAUGGCACAUCUUGGAGUAUAUACUCCAGAUUCAUCUACCAAUAGUGGCUUCAAUUCUGUUGAUGUUGAUGUAAAUCAUUUAAACCUUGAAUCUCCAUCAUCUUUAAACAGUAAUGAAUUGCCUCAACCAAAUUCAGUUGAACCAUCUCCUCAGACACCGACACCACAAUCUUAUGUUGAUUCAUUGCAGGUGUCAGGAUCAUAUUGUUCAUCUGAAAGGGAGAGUGCACAUAAUGUGCCAAUUACCACAGGUAUAAACACACACACUGUACGUAAAGCUGCUAACUGUACUACUGCUCCUUUGAAUUCUAGUUCUUCCCCAGUGCAUCAGCAAGUACUGCAGCAUCCUCACCAUCACCAACAGCAGCAGUCUGAUGCAUCAUAUUCUCAUCAUCCAGCAUCUGCAGCAUUAUCAAAUAUGGUAAAUAAUAAUACUGUGGGAACGCUUUUAUUGGGUCAGACGCCACCCAUUCCAUCAAGUAAUAAUUACCUUAGCACUGUAAAUAUCGGAAUUCCUGUGUCAACACCUGCUGCUCCACCAGUAGGUGGCUCUUAUAUGGUAGGUGUACCAAUAACAUCUGUGAUUCAGCCUCAAUCAUCUGUAUCUCACCACCAUCACCAAUCUGCAAAUCAAACUAGUCAUGGGUCUAUGCAAAGGUUAAGCCACAUUUCUUUGCCUACUACUACUUCUUGUGCCGCCGCAUCGCCAGCAUUUCAUUUGCAGUCUCCAAGUUACAGUCACACAAAUGCCACACCCAAUCAAAGCACCAGUUGCAGCUUAGCUAAACUGCAGCAACUGACCAAUGGCAUUGUAGAAAUAACUCCAAAUCAAAUUCCAGGUUAUGCAUCUAUGACUCCACCGCCCUCUUACAAUUCACCAACUCAUCAAUCAACACUGACACCACCACCUCAGAUGCAGAGGCCAAUUGCACCAGCAGUUUCUAAUCUCCAGUCACAACCUUCAUUGUCUCCUAAUCAAAUGCAUGGCUAUGCAAACUAUAAUCACCGUUAUCACCCAAGGCAAAGGACUUCAAAUAUAGCAAUUGCUCCCAAUCUCGUUGCCAGUUACCAGACCUUAAAUGGGGUUGGAUAUCGUAUGCAGCAGGCACCUCCUCUUGGAGGAGGAACUGCAUUGUUAAAUACUACAAGCUAUAUUACCAAUGCAGGGUUUAUUAAUCCUCCAUCUCCAGCUAUGCAAAUGGGUGUUGUCAACAUGCAUCCACAAGGUCAGUAUCAGGAUGCCAUUCAGCAAGUGAGGCCGCAAAAUGUGUAUGCCUACAGCUACCACAUCAAUGGCAGUUUGCCCCCACAGGCUUUGAUGAGACGGUGAUAUUUAUUAUUGUGUGAACUCUGGUGUAGUGUUGAAACUUUAAUCUUCAGCUCCGGAUAUUAAGUAAAAUAUCUAAAUUCUGAAGCCUUAUCUCAGAAUGGUAUCGGGAAGUGAAAUCUCGAAUUUUAUGAACUACUGCUGUUUGGUAAUUAUACUCUGUUUAUUUAAAAUAAGUGUCUCAAAAUCAUUGCUUCUCUUCCUAAUUUCAGUCGUAAUGUAGAAGAUUUACCAUGGUAAGGACACAGAUCUCCUGCCUCACUUUUAUUGAGUGUAUUUAGUUUAAACCAUAAUUAUAUGAACAGACUUUUUAAAUUGUCCAUCAAAGGAGAAUUUUAGUGAUAUUAUAAAUCUGCUAUUGGAAAGCAAUAAUAAUGUUUGUUGGGUAUGUAAGUUAUUAUUCGAAGUAGAAGAUAGUAGAUCAAAUAGAAAAUAAAUAUAUUAGAAUUGAGUUUUUUCAAUAAAUACUGUUCAGCUUUAGUACUUUAAAACAGUAAAAACAAAUUUUUAAAAAAUGCAUGUCCAGUUAGACAAGGCUGUGUUUUGAAUAAUAAGGUACUUUAAAUCGCAUGUAAACAAUAAAUGUAAAAAACUAUGUAUCUGAAAUACAAACUUAUUGAGUAAGAGAAGUUUCAGUUACCUAAAUAGUCUGUUCUGAAUUCAGGGCAACAGGACAGAUGUUAUACACAAAGGUAGAAGCUGUGGUGAUCUUGAGAUGCUUAUUUUAAAGUAACAGAACAUAGUCUGAGUACCUCAAAAAUAAUUAUAUCUGAAGCAAUUUUUAUAUUUUCUAAACCACCUUUAGUUAGAAUAAUGUAUUUUGCAAAGGGAAAAUUGUUUAUGUAUAUAAAUGUUGAUACUGUUUCACGCGCUUACUUUGUAAAUAUAUAUAUAUAUAUAUAUUGUGUGUAUGUGUACAGUACAUCACAUUGCCACUGUAUUAUAUGACAUCAGAAUUGUUAUAUUUGUAUAUAAUUGUUACUUACUAGCAGCGUUUGUGAAAGUAUUGCUUGAUAUGCGACAUUGCAUUCGUAACAAAUGUAUUGUAUAUUUAGGUAUUGAGUAUUUUUUAGUUAUAUUGAUUAAAUACUGACCAAUCUCUGAAAGUUUUGUUUCCUGUGUUGUUGCAAGUGUGUGUAACACAUGUUGUGAUUUGUUUUUGUAUGGUUGUAUAUUUAUAUAAAAUUUCUUUCUUAAAAUCCAUAAUGUUGUUAAAUUUGUAAUGUAAAUUAUGAGAAUUCAAGAAAUACUGAUAUAAAAUUACUAGAACAAAUUUCUGUAACAAAAAUAAGUGGUUCAUGUUUUUUUCAGCUAUGGAUUUUUAAAAACUUAAGACAGGAUGCAAUUUUAUAUUACAAUUGUAAAUUGAAUUGAAUUAUCAGUGAAAGGGGAAAUAAGAUUUAUUGAUCAUUUGUUGUAUGUACAUUAACUUCUUUUACCUUUACUUUAAUUCUAUGAUUAUGACAUAUUUUUUACCUAAACUGUAUUUAUAAUAGUAUCUGUAUCUAAGAUUUAUCACUUGAAAGAUCUGUAGCAGAGGGCACAUUCCACUCAAAUUUGUGACCGUGAUUUCCUGAUUGCAGGUCUUCUUCUUCUUCUUCUUUCUUUUUUUUUUUUUUUUUUUUAACUAGAAGCUUUUUGUACUACUCUGAUAUGUAGAAGUUGUAAGAGAAGCAGAUUUAAUGAUUAAGUACAAUCUAAGAACUUGGUAAUUAAUACAUUAAUGUUUGACUUUCACCUGUACUUCAAACUGUGCUCUGUUUGGGGAAGGGAUUGUAUUGAUUGUAAUAUAUCUAGACCUGUAUUUGCUAUUCUGUGACAAAAAUGACUUUUUUCCCCCAUGAUCUAGAAUAAUUUUUUAGCUGGAUUGCAGUAUGAAAACUACUUGAGGUAUAAAUUUUAAAUAUAAGAGCUGUAUAGUUUAGUUAAUAAACUUUUAAUAUUUAUUGAUAUUAA